AUGGAAGCAAUAAUGAAGGCAGAGGAUCAAGGAUUCAUUUUAGAAGAUGAUUUAAUUGAAGCAUUUUGCUCUAAACAAGAUGAUUCACUUAUAGAUUAUAAUUAUUUGUACUGUCAACCAACCAGGCAAUUUCAUUGUCAUCAAACUUCAAAUGUUGAUGUUAAUUUUAGAACCUUCUUCAAUAAUUUACAACAACAAAAUAAACAUAUUAAUUCUAAUGAGUAUGUAACACUUAUUCAUAGAAUGUGA